AUGGUCUCUACAAGGCAAAUGUCGACAGGCAGCAAUGGUAGUAGUUCGACUGUUAAUAUGCCCUCCUCUAUGGAGGAACUAAAUUGUCUGCGUCCAGUUGUUACCAGACAAUCAAAUACUACUAACAAUGUUAGUAAUAUUAAUAUCCCAUUACUAACAUCGGCGGCGGCGUCAUCAUCGUCAUCAGCAGUUGGAAUAUCUAAUGGCAUUGCAUCAACCUCGACCAGUGCUCGACAAACGCAGGCGUUUAAAUUUAAUUCCAAUACAACUGGUUCUAAUGUAAUAACGACGACGUCACAUCUACAACAGCAGCCGAACAGUAGUGUUGUUGGCGAUCAACAAUCGUCGCCAAUCGCAGCAAAAAAUUUACUAGAUUUGCCCGAAGAUGUUUUAUAUACAAUAUUAUCAUAUGUUGGAUAUAAAAAAAUUGGUCAAUUGCGUGUGGUCUCCCACAAAAUGAACAAUGUUUGCAUGCAUAUGUUAAAUUCAACAUUUUCGAAAUUGAUUACGAAAACCUAUAAUCGUUUUCAGGCCAUUAAGGCCAAUAUGCCGCGUAGAGAAUCGGCCAGACGUAAUCAUCCGCUGGCCUGUGAAUGUGAUAUCAUUGAGACAUGUUAUAUGCGAUUAUCGCUAUUGCAAAUGACAUUUGGCAAACAUAUCGAACGUGGUCAUUGUUGUUUCUUUCCCGGAGCUAUACUCGAUGAGGUGUAUACAAUUUUAAAUUACAUUAAAAAUACACCAUGCCUGGAGAGACCAUAUCGUGUAACAGAUGAACUGUUUGAUUUGUCAACAAUGGCCAUGGAAUAUUUUAGGGAUCGUAUAGAGCCGACAUUGCCGGGCAUUGCAUAUUUCAAUAAGGAAUUUUUUAAAUUACCCACAACAACGAAAAGAUCUUUGGUUAUAGCCCCCGAUUUAAGCGAUAAUUCCUCCAGUCUACCAUCACCACCCCAGAGUAAUAUGGUAUUGCGUAAGGGUAUACGAAAAAUUAAACAAGGCAUGAAAAUCUAUAAUAAUCAAUUAUCGGUUUUGCGCAAUGAAUUGCGUACAUGCAAGCGAAAAUCCGCCGAGCAGGGUAAACAAAUUGCCGAACAGCAAAAGCUGAUGGCCGAACAGCGUAAACAGACAUUGGAAUAUGCCAAUCGUUUGGAUGAGAAUGACAAGAAAAAUGAAGAAAUGGCACGAAAAUUUUCCACUUUAUUACAGGAACUCAACAAAUGUAAAACCGAACUGCAAUAUUGGCGUUCCAAAAGUCCGGCCAUACCCACAUGUGCAUCAUGUGGCCAAAAAGUAACAACGCCCACUCUGCCCCCAGAGGAUUAUCAGGCUCUCAUCAAUCAGGGCGUUAAACCCGAAGACAUUAUACUUAAUCUUAAGGAUAACGAUGCUGAUAACGAAAGUGAUUUAAGCAUGAACGACAGUGGCUGUAAUAAUUUAUCAUUAAGCAAUGAGUUUGCCCUACCCGAUGAAAUGACCACAGCAAAAUUAUUGGCAGUAAAUACGGCCUCUAGGAAUCAAAUGAAACGUCAAUAUUAUCAAAUGAAUAGCCUAUCACCACCACCGACGACGGCCGGCUGUAACAAUUCGUGUAACUCGUAUAACGAGCAGCAACUGCAGCAUCAUUUGGCCGAAUUUGUAGAUUGUAAUGAGGGGGCCUCGACUAGUUCAAGUGCUUUCAUUGCAACUGGUAAUGGCGGCGGUAGUGGUGGUGGUACUGGCUAUUCCACACGUAUGUUUUAUGGCGGAGCCGCAAAUGAAAAUGGCCAACCACAAAUGCCACACCACAAAAGUGUCAUUGUCUCGCCACAAUCUCAAAGAAUACAAACUCCGCCAGCCUCCGUUGUGGAAAAUCCAAACCACCACCACCAGCCUAAGGUGUGUGACGACAGUAACACCCUCCCGGCACAGAACAGUAACGAUAGGGCCGUCGAUGAUGUUAAUAGCCUUAUGUCCAUUUCAUCUCAUGAAACCAAGAAAGCACGUAGAGUACAAAAAACUGCUAGGUGUGCAGCAAACGGAUCUAGUAGUAGUGGUAAACGCAAAUAA